AUGGUAAAAUGUCCGAACUUAUUACUUGCGAUCUGUUGUUGGGCAUAACUUUGUCAUUGUUUGAAACAUAGAAACAAAAAUUAUCCGUGAUAUUGUUUGUAACUUCGGAUCUUCUCUUCUUGAACGUCUGUUCAAUGCCAUUUGGUAGAAAUGCACACUGAAUAAGGCAAAUAAUAAAGCACUAAUGGAGACUACAGUAUGGUUCCUGUUACUCAUUUUCUUUUGGUUGAGGCUUACAUCUUGUGAAUACGUCAUCCAGACUUUUGAUGGAGAAAUUGGAGCAGGAAAUUUUACUUAUUUUACAUUGAAGAAAGAAGGAGAAGUAACAUUAAUCCUUGAGAGCAUAGAGGGUGAUGCCGAUAUAUAUGUUUCACAAGAGAAUCUCAAGCCUGAUUUUGAAAAUUACGAUCUCAAGUCAGCAACUUGCGGUGAAGACAUUGUUACAAUUCCAAGUACUUAUAAGAGACCUAUUGGAAUCUCAGUGUUUGGCCAUGUAUAUGCCCCUACCACUAGAUACACUAUGAAAGUCUUAAUGGACUAUUCAUCUGGAGAUGAGAGUGAAAGAUAUCAUAGUGAAACUGAUGAGCCAGAGGAAUCACUUAUUUGGACAGUGUUUGUCAACAUUUUAAAGCUUAUUCUGGAGAUUCUUCUGUGAACAUUGAAGGUUACCUUUCACAUGAACAGAAAUUAUUGUUAUAGGUCUUGAGGUACGUUAAUUUAUAAAUGCUUCUUUUAUUGAAUCAGUUCACUGCAGCUGUAUGACCAUAUGUCAUGACUUCAGUUGGAGAGAGGGCAUUUUUGCCAACAGAAAAAGACUGUUAAAAAACCAUACAAUGAAGUAAGCUUUUUACAAUUUUUGGUCUAUGUAAAAUUACUAAAAGAUGGACAUUUGUUUAGUUCAAAACUGGACAUUUUCAAUGAUUUGGGUUAGAAAUCAUUAGCUUAUGGUGUAAGUAUUUGAGCAUGUUGAGAGCAAUUUCCAAUCGAGUGUUGAAAAAAUCUGUUGUUGCUUUGUUUUUGCUUUACUUUGCUCUGUAAUUGGUGUAGAAAACUUGCACUUCUUUUUUAACCAAUCAGUUGCAACACUAAAAUCAAUCAGGACUUGGUCACCAGUGUUUUCCUGCCCUUGAAGUAGUUUGGUCAGUUUUACUUUGAGUUUUCAUUGCCUCUUUAAGGUGAUUCCUCAGUAUUACACUGUGUGUCCUCUACUGCCCGUAAAAAUCAUGUAAUCAAGCGAAUAAGUGUGCAUGCAUUUCAAGCAGGUAUAAUGGUCUUAAGCUCUUGAAUGAGCACAGCAAACUAUAUUGUGUAAUGUUUAAUUUUGGUGUACAAAUUAUCCCCUCUAAAUUGGAGAAGUUAAAAGACAUUCAUCAAAGGGAAAAAAAGAUAUAACUAAAGGCAUGCACGAAGCCUGUUAUUCGAUGACACUAAUUUUGACAUUGAAAGCAAAGACUUUAGGAACCUUUCAAGUUGAUGUUGUUUAUAAUUUCCUGAUGUUCCCACAAAUUAUAUUUUAUCAAAUUGUUCCAUACAAGUAAGACUUUCUACCUCUCAAGUAUUUUUUGUGUCGUUCAAGAACCCUUGCUUCAAGCUACUGCAAUAUGUACCAUGAACUAUUGAAAUGAUGUAUGAGAUUAGUGCCAGUACAGGCAUAUGGGGUAAGUUUGGCCCAUCAUAUUCCUUAAACAAGCACAGGGAACUAUCUUUUUAAUGUAUUUUUUUCCAAAAUUGACAUUGGUAAGGAACAUUUCAGGAUAGUCAAAAAAAAGUUUGAUAACUUUUUUUUUCUGAGGAAUCACCUGAAGGUAUUUUCCGUUUUUCAAAUGGGCAGUUGUGAUUACUUUGGUUUUGGUAUUGCUUCACUUAAUGGAAAGUGCUCUAUUAUUAGCAGCAGUACUAGUAUAAGUAACAGUAUUAGUACCAGUAUUAGUACCAGUAUCAGUACCAAUAUUAGUACCAGUAAGAUUUUCUCUUCUCACUAAGAUUGAGCAUAUUUUCAAAAGUGACAGAAAUAAUUACAGUUAUAAGACCCCUUCAAAGAAACAUCGAUCACCCCUUUGCUGAGUAAAUGGAUGAGUAUUUACAAAUAAUUCUAAUCAGCUUCAUUGUCAUCACCCUUUGCACCAGGCUAACAUUAGCAUUCAUAUUCUCCACACAGUUUUCUUUACAAUUCCUGUUGUACCCACAAGGAGAAUUUGUGUGACAAUCAGGAGCUUCUUAAGUUGGUGAUCAUUUCUGUUAUUCCUUUGACAUUAACAUUUGAUUCAAGGGUUUCUUGUCAUGGAACAACAAAGUUGACAUCCUCUGAAGGAUUAUAAUGAUGCAAAACUCUGUUAUGCUACAAUUAAGGCCCAGAUAGCACUGGUAUAUGAUGUUAAUCUUGAGGAAAAUUUCCAUAAAUGCCCUUGUACUAAAAAUGUUCAGUAACUCAGAUCAGCAGAACUUGUCUAUGUUCAGUAGGCCCUACAUAUUUAUUUAUGAUCUGCUCACUAUGAGCUAUUAUGGAAUAAAUACACCUUACAUAAUUCCAUGAUUUUACAUAUAAAUUACAUAAACAAUUCUCCAUUUGGUGCAAAAAUAUGCUCACAUAUUUCUCCAUGGACAUCAUCUGUUCAGAGAGCAAAGCUCCAAGAAAGGUGUGAACUUUGAGGAACAGAUAAUGUCCAAGGACAAAUAAGAGCAUAUUUUCAUGCCAAGUGGAGGAUAUUGCAUUUGACAAGCGGGAAAAAUGUUAUGAACAACUUACUGUUUACAGAAUGGUAUGUUUACUAUUCAGUGUUCUCUGAUAUGAUUUCAUGAAAAAUAAAAACAUGUUCCUUCUUCUGUAACAACCA